GUCACACUCGAGUACCCGGCUCAGGGUGCCUCGGAAACCUUCUCGCUUCUAGUACCCAAGGAUCCUGACGAAUACGAUCCCAUCUCAGACCUCCUUCGGACAGUGGCGGUGAUAGUGGGCCACUACCUUACAACUGAGCAGAAGGAGCUGUUUGGCAGCCUCGACAGCCUCGAGGUCGGCAGUGCUGCAGGAAACCUCCUCAACCGCGUCCACUCUAUCCUCCGCUCCUUUACCAAAGCUCGCAAUCGUCGAGAUGGGCCCCUGUUCGUGCGCACGGUCGAGCGCUUCAAUGCCGCCCUGCGCUUGCUAAAAGAAUCGGACAAGAUAAAGGAGACGGUGUCCAGCUGGGCCCAGCGUGGCAUCUCCGAGGCAGUCUGGCGGUGGAUCCAGGAGCAAUGCUAUGCGAGAACCGUUGGUCCCAAGGUGGAGGAUUUGGCCAAGUAUGAGGCGUUUAGUGACAACGUCUAUGGCGAGCUGCUGCCUCGCUUCAUGUCAGAAAUUGCCCAGCUGACUUCGUUGGGCCCCAACUCGGUCUUUGUGGAUCUCGGAUCGGGCGUUGGCAAUCUCGUGAUGCAGGUGGCUCUACAGACAGGUGCGCACGCCGUUGGGUGCGAGCAGAUGGUCAGCCCAAGCCACUUGGCGAAGCUGCAGCUCGAAGAGGCCAGGGCGCGCUGGAAGGUAUGGGGCGUCAAGGGUGGCGAGAUGGACGCCUGGCAGGGCGAUUUCGGCGAGGAUGAAAGGAUUCGUGGCAAGCUCAGAGAGGCCGAUGUCGUCCUUGUCAACAACUACGCAUUCACGGCUAGGACAAACGACAAGCUGAGCCUUCUCUUUCUCGAUCUCAAAGACGGCGCCCAGGUCGUCUCACUGAAGCCAUUUGUGCCUCCAGACUUUCGGCUGACGGAGCGCACGCUCUCGAGCCCUCUGGCCAUCCUUCGCGUCGCCCAACGGGCCUACUCGACAAACUGUGUGAGUUGGGCAGAGAGCGGCGGCAACUACUACAUCCACACCGUCGAUCGGACUCUCGUCGCACGCUUCUUGGAAAAGAGG